GGGUGUGUGUCGGGCCCCAGUAGGCUUCCUCCCGGGGGGCACAGGUCGACCCCGCCGGCCUCCCGCCCCGCUGCCGUCGUCUUUUCCUCCCAGUUCUCUUUGUCCCUGCACUCCCCGCUUUCGCCGCCUGCCCCGGCUCGUGGCCUUCCACUCAGGCGAUCCGGGUCCCGCCAGCGUUGAGCGGUGGCAGUGCCCGCCGGCUCCCCAACCCGACUUUACCCUAGACUCCGCAUCCCGUCUCUGUCAUUCUCCUCCUCUCUCUGAGUCUGCGUGGAACCCUCGGGCAGGCCCCCGGUUCCCUCUGGUCACUGUUGCGGUUCUUUCGUCCUCCGAUCUCUGUGAUUAUAUUGAGUCUUCCUUCCCUGCUGCCUUCCUCUCUCCGGGCCGUCCGUGCGGCGUUUCUCCUCUGCACUUGCCCUGUGUUACUGUGUCUGCCAGCCAUUCCCUCUCAGAUUUCAAGUUGUGCGCCCUGCCUUGCCUCCGUGCGCCGCCACCCCACCAGUCCCCUCUCAAGCUCCUAGGGACAGCUGUGGACUUGGGGACCAGCGAGCACCCCCAGGGCACUAGAGGACCCCUUGCCGCCUGCCCUGCCUCACCCUGCCCCACACCAGGCCCAGCGGCCCUCGGCUGCAUCAAGUGGAGGAGGAGGAGGCGGCGGAGGAGGGUGGCACCAUGGGCCCGGGCCGUGCCCUCCAUGCCCGGGGGAUGAAGACACUGCUGCCAUGGACAGCCCGUGCCAACCGCAGGCCCUGAAUCAGGCUCGCCCUCCGUUGCCAGGGUCUGUGUCAGAGCCCUUGGAGCCUAGCCGAGCCAGAAUGGGGGUGGAGAGUUACCUGCCCUGCCCUCUGCUACCCCCCUACCACCACCCAGGAGCAUCCGGUGAGGCCUCGGCUGGCAACGGGACCCCCAGAACCACAGCCACUGCGACCACAACCACUGUCAGCCCCCUUCGGGAGGGCUUCGGGGGGCAGGAUGGUGGUGAGCUGUGGCCCCUGCAGAGCGAAGGCGCUGCUGCGCUGGUCACCAAGGAGUGCCAGCGGCUGGCGGCCCAGGGGGCCCGGCCUGAGGCCCCCAAACGGAAGUGGGCCAAGGAUGGUGGGGAUGCCCCUUUGCCCAGCAAGCGACCGUGGGCCAGGCAAGAGAACCAGGAAACCAAGGGGGAAGGUGGUGUGGGCUGUGACGGCGAUGGCGGCGGCGGCGGCGGCGGCGGCAGCAGCAACACUACCAGUAGCAGUGGCGAGGCAAGUGCGAGGCUGAGGGAGGAGGCCCAGCCCUCUGCACCUGAGCGCCUGGCCCUGGACUAUAUUGUGCCUUGCAUGCGGUACUAUGGUAUCUGCGUCAAGGAUAACUUCUUGGGGGCAACACUGGGUGGCCGUGUGCUGGCUGAGGUGGAGGCCCUGAAGUGGGGCGGGCGUCUGCGUGAUGGGCAACUAGUGAGCCAGCGGGCGAUCCCACCGCGCAGCAUUCGUGGGGACCAGAUUGCCUGGGUAGAAGGCCACGAGCCAGGCUGCAGGAGCAUUGGUGCCCUCAUGGCUCAUGUGGACACGGUAAUCCGCCACUGUGCGGGGCGCCUGGGCAACUACGUCAUCAAUGGGCGCACUAAGGCCAUGGUGGCGUGUUACCCAGGCAAUGGGCUCGGGUACGUGAGGCAUGUUGACAAUCCCCACGGCGAUGGGCGCUGCAUCACCUGUAUCUAUUACCUGAAUCAGAACUGGGAUGUUAAGGUGCAUGGAGGCCUGCUGCAGAUCUUCCCUGAGGGUCGGCCAGUGGUAGCCAACAUCGAGCCGCUCUUUGACCGGUUGCUCAUUUUCUGGUCUGAUCGACGGAACCCACACGAGGUGAAACCAGCCUAUGCCACCAGGUACGCCAUCACUGUCUGGUAUUUUGAUGCCAAGGAACGGGCGGCAGCCAGAGACAAGUAUCAGCUAGCAUCGGGCCAGAAAGGUGUUCAAGUUCCUGUAUCACAGCCAACUACACCCACCUAAUGGCCAGCCCAGAGCUGCGUGGAUCAGCAGCCCCUGCCUUCAGGGGAGCCCGGGCCCAGCUGCAGCUCACUAGCCUCAGUGCCCGCUCCUUCCCUGCCACUGCUGCUGCUUCUGGCUUGCCUCUGCUGUGUGGCGUGGAGGGCACAAGCAUCACUGAGGACCAACAGGGGGAGAGCCCUGCUGCCCCGUGAGCGGGGCUGGGUUGUGACCUAAGCAGUGGCCAGUGUGCUGGUAGCCUAUGUGCUGCCGUGUCUGGUCCAUUGUGGGUUGAGCCGAGAGGAGGCAGGAUUUGGGGUUGAGGUGAGUCAUGGCCUCUUGCUGGCAAAGGUCUGUUGCGGGGGGCAUACACCCCCUCCCCACUCCUUCAGCCUGGAAUGUGAAGUGACUCCCCAACCCCUUUGGCUGUGGCACUUUAUGGACUGGGCUGCCACGGCUUGGGCAGAGUAAAGUGCCAUGAGGAGCAUGGGUAUGGAGGUCCUGCCAGCCAAGAAAUAAAAGUUUACCUCAGAGCUGCA